ACUGUCAGUCAUUCACAGGUUAUACUUGAGUUGUAAUCAGCUGUCAGUUAUAAGAUGCAGCUGUGUUAGAAGCAGGCAGCGGGACAGAGAACAUGUCAGACACUCAGGGUGAGUCUAAAUACUCCUGCUGGGAUUUUCUCAUCACUUGCGUGGGCCUGCCCUUGUUUCUGACUGACAUAGGACUGGAUAUAUGGGCCGCUAUUAUCUUCUACCAAGAAAAGGCAUACGCCUGCCUCGGUGUUCUGCUGCUGCUACUUGUGGGGUCAACACUGCUGGCUCAGGCUUACAGCUGGCUUUGGUACAGCUAUGACCAGUUUAAGAUGAAGACAAAGGUUGAAGGCCUGCCUACCCAGAGGCAGCUCACGGCUCUGCACGUUUGUCAGCUCGGAGUUUACGUCAGGCAUGCAGGAGUCCUGGAAAUGGCAGUACAAAGCAUGUACAAUAGGCUCCCUGACCCUGAGAAAGGUGCCCUUACGCCAGGAGAACAGAAACCUAAGACUGAGGACAUUACCGUGUCCUUGACCCACGAUCUAAGCAUGUUACGGAUCAUAGAGACAUUUUCAGAGAGCGCCCCUCAGCUCACGCUCAUGCUCACCAUCAUUCUGCAGACGGGCCACCUGGAUCCUGUGACAGUGUUGAAGGCUGUUGGUUCAGCUUCAGCUAUCGCCUUCACUGUGACGGCCUACCAUAGCUCGCUGCGCUCUUUCCUGCCUGACAAGGAGAAGCAGCAAAUAACCUCAUCAGUCAUCUACUUCACCUGGAACCUGGUUCUCAUCUCUUCCCGUCUCACUGCCCUCGCUCUUUUCGCCUCCGUGCUGCCCUGCUUCAUCUUCACCCACUUCAUCUGCUCUUGGUUGGUUUUAUUCUUCUUCGCUUGGCGAUCCAAGACAGAGUUCAUGGAAAGUCCUUGUGGAGAAUGGCUUUAUCGAGCCACUGUUGGCCUCAUUUGGUAUUUUAACUGGUUUAGUGUGGUGGAGGGGAAGACGCGGUACAGGACUGCGCUCUAUCACGGGUAUAUGCUGACUGAUAUUUGCAUCCUCUGUGCUGUGUGGUGCUGGAAGAUGAGCACAGAUCCUCCUGAUUUUGUGAUAGAGCCCAUGCACGCUUUAAUCACAGCUGCCUGUGUUGUUGCAGUUUACAUCCUCGGUCUAAUACUUAAAGCUAUUUAUUAUAAACUUUUCCAUCCAAACCUUGACAAAAGUAAGAUUAAAGGGACCAGCAGAGAGCAGCAACCUGUAAAUGAGACAAAUAUGGGUGAUGAACCGGACGCAUGUAUGUUUAGAGCCAAAGCAGCCCCUUCCCCACCACCACAACCAUGUUGUAAUAAAAGAAUGAGGAAGCUGGCUGAGAGCUUCUACUGCUAACCUGUUUCACUUUCACAGGAAGCUAUAAAGAGACCGAGUCAUCACAGGGCUGUGUGUGAUUAAGGACUCUAACCUUCUGCAUGAUUAACCACAUAUACAGUCGGCUCCGGUUUAUGAUUUCUGCUCGCUAUUAACUGGCUCUACUGUCUAACAAAGCAUUCAAAACGCCAUUCAAAGUUUGUUUUCCCUACCUUUAAUCUUCAGGUCUGUAAUGUUCUUGUAUGAAAUAGUUAUCUUUUGCUGUGAAGACAUGUUCUUCCAUGACUUUCCAGUGGCUGUUCAGUCUUAAAGAAUAUAGUCAUGAUUUUUAAUUAAAAUAUUUUAUGAUCAUUUAAAAUACAAAAAACAUUUCACAAAUAAUAUUUCAGCUUCCAGAAAAGGAAGCAACGAUAUUUCCUGUUUUUUAAAAAAAAAAAAAAUCUAUGUAUAUAAUUUGUUUUUUCUGUCAUCAUGUCAUUGUGUAAAUUACUAAUUGAAUUUGAAAUCUACUCAGUUUUUAAGACGUCUUUAAUUAUGAAAAACAGCAGAUUUUUAAAAGUUUUUAUGCAGAUUUUACUCUAAAGUUCCAAGAUAACUUUCUAAUUAAUUUAGGUGCUCCUAUUGAGACUUCUUAGCACCAAGAUUUGUUUGAUAUAUAACCCUCAAGAUGUUUUGUUUACAUCGAUAUGUUUUGGUCAAACUCUGAUGUGAGCCUUCCAAUUUCACCUGCUUUGGAUGUUUUCAGCUCUUUCGGUGCACGUUUUCAGCAGUGAUCAGCCUCAUCUCAGUCUUCCAUCAACAUGCUAUCAGGGUUUAAAGCCACAUUUUAAUGAAUAAUUUGCUUAAGGCAUAUUUAGAAACACACCAUAUGAAGGUUCUUUGUUAUAAAUGUUUAUAUUUGAUAUUUUAUUUGUAAUAGUUGAUUACACUUGCCUCUUGCCUAAUUUCAUGCUUGUUUAAAAUCCAGGCGCUGCUGACAUAUGAUCAGUUUUGUGUUCUUAGUAUCAGCCUGAGUGUGUGCAGAGAGGCUGUUGUGUUAGAUGCAGGCCUCUUUCUUUAUUAGGAUUUUAUUCUGGUUUUUCUUUCCUGACACAAACCUCACAUGAACUUGUGUCUGCUCCUGGUGUCAAAGCAAAAUCCUUCCUGUUAUAACUACAACACAAAAUUCUACAUAAUUUUACAUCAUCUCAUGGUGGGUAAAAGUCCUUUGAAACACUCCUGAGGAUCGACUGCAAACGUUUAUCGUUUCCAUGUUUGGAGCCCCACCUCUGAUAAAUUGGUCAGCAAAUCUUAUCACAGGGUUUUGAUGGGAAAUGGACAAACUGAACCAAUCAGUGAGGCAACAAUCUCCUUUGUGACAUAAAAGUACUUCCCCGUCUUAUCACCUUGACACAUUUUCACCUCUAAAGCUCCCAGGCUUCAACAAUUAGUUAAAUCAAACAAGUUUCUUAUUUGUUACAAAGAAAGAAAGAAAAUAUAUCACACAUGAAAUUUCAUGACAGAAAAUAGCCUUAUUACCUUACAAACUUUAGGAAAUGAUCUGUGUGGUCUGUCUGAAUACAACAGAUGUUUUUCAUAUGGAUUAAUCUUCCAUCAGAAACCAAAACUUGUUCUUUCUACACUGCAACAAUUCUUAUGAAGAACUCCAAUGAAAAUCUUUUGAAAGCUGUAAGUUGUAUUUAUACUAAAUAUGUUGUGAAUAUUUUCUGUGGUUUACAUUUGUAAUUCAGUUUCUUCUCAAACAGUUUUUCAUGUGAAAUAAAAAAUACAAACUGAGUCUGAAACUUUAAAACAUGUAUUUACAUUAUAUUUAAAUCUUACAGAGCUGUUGGGAGUAAACAGUGAUUAUUCUCAUUAAAUAAUUAGCAAUAAUUAUUAUGAUAGUGUUCAAUCUUCAGGGUCUCUUCACUCCUAAUGGCCUCACAUGUCUUAUUUUGUACAUUAGCAUGUUUACCACGGAAAAAGGAACAAAUAAAUUCCACUGAGUAUUACAUGAUCAUUAUGAACUAUUAUUAUGUAUUAUUUAGAGCUAUGGUAUAUAUUUCAAU